AUGAAGAGGGUGCUUCAAUCCUACAUUGAGUGGCGAGAAGACGAGGACGAAAUGGACAUGACUGAGACAAUGACGACGGCAAACGACAUGAAUGGGACUGGGACUAUGACGACGACAAACGACACGAAUGGGACUGCGACUAUGACGCCGGCAAACGACACGAACGUGACUGUGACUACGACGACGGCAAACGACACGAACGUGACUGCGACUAUGACGACGGCAAACGACACGAAUGGGACUGCGACUAUGACGACGGAAAACGACAUGAAUGUGACUACGACUAUGACGACGGCAAACGACAGGAACGGGACUGCGAUGAUGACGACGCCAUAUGACAUCGACAUGACUGAGACGAUCACGACGACAUGCGACACGGUCACGACUGAGACGAUGGCAACAACAUAUAACACGGACAAGAAUGAGACGAUGACGACGACUAACGACAUGGACACGACUGAGACAUUUGCGACGACAUAA